AACUAAACAUUGGUCAUGAACCAAUGUUAAAGAACCAAAACCCUAAUAACUCCACCUUUCAAGAUUUCCUCAACAUGCCUCUGAACCAACAACUACCAACACUACCACCUUCUUCUUCCUCCAUUGUCACUGCUCUCUACAGCUCUCUGCCUCUUCCUCCUCCUGCCGCAGUCCUCAGCUUAAACUCCGGCGUUGGAUUCGAGUUUCUUGACACCACAGAAAUUCUUGUUGCUUCUAACCCUCACUCCUUUGAGGAAUCUGCAAGAUUUGGUUGUCUUGGUAAGAAAAGAGGCCAAGAUCCUGAUGAAAGUAGAGGAGACAGAAGGUAUAAACGAAUGAUCAAGAACAGAGAAUCUGCUGCUCGUUCAAGGGCUAGGAAACAGGAAUGUGCAUAUACAAACGAACUUGAGCUUGAAAUUGCUCACUUGCAGACAGAGAAUGCAAGACUCAAGAUACAACAAGAGCAGUUGAAAAUGGCGGAAGCAACUCAAAACCAAGUAAAGAAAACACUACAACGGUCUUCGACAGCUCCAUUUUGAGAAAAAUCUACAAGUCCUUUCUCUUUCUUUUCGGGGGAGUGUUAAGUGUUUCUUAUGAAGAUGAGAAAAACAGAAAAAGUUUGUACAUUUUAGCUAAGAAGUUAAAUUUGUGGUGGUAAGUAAUGUAAGGAGUGUGUAGAAAAAGAAAGCAACUAACUUUCU